AGACGGGGAUGCGUUUAACUAGCGGACGAGUGUUUCUCGUCCAGCGGCACGUAUAUACGAUUUAAAUGUUCGACGUGAAUGCAGCAUGAGGGGUCAACAUUAUGGCUAACUAUUAGCUAACGUUAGUUUGGACUACUGUUCUUGCAACGCUGUUUACGUGAGAGCCAGACAUAGUUCGCCCGCACCGGCCGUCAUGGCUUCAUUUGGCUGGAAGAGGAAGGCUGGCGAGAAGGUGUCAAAGUCAGCGGUGCAGCAGUUUGAGGCUGAGGAGGAGAGGACGAAAUCGACGGAAGGUGGAGGUGAUGGUGGUGGUGGAGGAGAAGGGGUGGACUGGCUGCACGCCGUCAAGCGAAGGCGUCAGGUCCUCCUGGAGGAUUGCGCAGCGAAAAGCGGGAGGCUGAAGGAUGAGGGUGCGCUGCUGGCGGAGCAAGGCAGGCACUGGGAGGCCAUUAAGAAGUGGGAUGAGGCCAUUCAUCUGACUCCAGACAAUCCACUACUGUAUGAGAUGAAGUCUCAGGUACUGACCAUUUUGCAUGAAGUGUUCCCAGCUGUGAAGGCAGCAGAGAUGGCUGUGAAGUUCCGCCCCCUGUGGUGGGAGGGUUGGCAGACUCUGGGCCGGGCCCAACUCAACCUGGGAGAGGUGGAUCUGGCUGUGAGGUCUUUCCAGGUUGCGAUCCACCUCCGCCCAUCAGAGCGCGUUCUGUGGCAGGAAGACCUGGAGUGGGCUUGGAGGCUACAGAAGCAGCAGGUGGCAACCAAAGAGAAGACUCGGCAGGAGGAAGAGACCAAAGAGCAGAUCCUUCAUGCCCCAGAGCUCGAGCAGGACUACGAUUUUGAAUCUGACGAGGUGCUGGCGGCCUGCGUGGCUGUCGCCGAGCGGCAGACACAUUAUGAGGAGCUGAAAAAGACCACUGUGGUCAUGGACACGGAGGGGAACCUUAAGACUGUAGUCAGUGGAGAGGGGGGAUCUGAGGAAGCAGCAACGCCAUCCCAGGAACAGUUUAUCAAAGCAAGAGGACUUUGAACUGGUGUCACCUUGAAUCACUUUGUCCUGGACUCGUUUGGACUGAACUGUAUGUAACUGUUUGUAAAACCGCUGUUUGUAAAUGUUUCAUCUAAUAACUAUACUACACUCUGUGGUUAUAUCACAAUAAACAGAGAAAACAAGAACGUCAAGAAAACAAGAAUAUUAAAAGGAAACAGCAGGUAUCAGGUGUUUUAAUGAUACACCUAAAUCACUUAUUGAUAAAUGUGUGUCACAGCUUAAAAUAUUCCAGGAUUAAUUUAAAAUCUGAAAUUCUAAAUUCAUGGUAUAAAAUAAUGAUAUACUUUGAAAAUAAACAUGCAAAAUUCUGAAACACACGAAAUUUGUCUCUGUCCCAGCAGCUAAAAUUUCCACAACCAUUAUCUUGUGUAAGUGCAGUUAAACCACAAAUUACAAGUGUGAAGCGUUUUGAAGCUACGGUACAUGGAAUGGCUCUGGAACAAAUGUGUGUUUGCAGAUCAGGCCACAUAAUUCGGCUGUAGUAGCUAGGAACAUUAAUGACGCAAAACAAAGAACACUUAGCACUGUGUCAGCUGAGGAUGCAGCGUGUAAUUGCUUCCAGUUAAACCCAAAAACACAUCUGUGCUCAGUGAUCGCUUCACUAAAAACAGUUGAAUGGUGACACUUUUACCAGAAUCUUUUCAUCUAGAAGUAAAAAAAAUGUUCAGAUUGAGUUUUGCUUUUGCUAUAACUUAAUUGUGAAGUUGUUGCAGCUUUCUUUUAUUUGUGGGCUUUUUGCUAAUUAUUCUCGAAAAUGAUUAAUUUGGAAAAGAUAAGAGCAAUUAGUGCUUCUCAGUUUUUUAGAGCAGUGUGUGAAUAUAGAAACAGUUCACUCUAUAAAAGUGAGGUCUCUGGGUAGUUAAUGCUCUGGAUGAACUUUGUGCAAAUUAGAUAUGACAAAAUGAAGCUUAUCAGAGCAGCUGAUCACUAGAAGGAGUAAAGCAAACAGGAUUACUCAUGUACAUAGAAACAUAACUUACAUUGGUUGUACAGCUUAAUCAUAGUUACCUUAAGUCUAUGUGACAAAGACAGCAGAUCUGUACUAAUUGAUCUAAUUGAUCGCAAUUGAAGUACAAAUAGAAAACAAAAAGUCUUGAUUACAUAAGUAGUCACACCCUCGUCUUUUUGCACGCCCAAAUCAUUUCUGGAGCAGCUGUUGUUUUUAGAAGUUGCAUAAUAAGCUAAAAGGAGGUAACGUGUACAAACAAGGCGUGUCAAGUGAUUUUAGGUUAAAUACACAUCUGGGAGGUUUGUCCAACAACGGUUUCUCCGUUAAUGCUUGAUUGAAAACAAAUCUAAGGGCAUCACAGAAAUUGGAUUCUUAUGUGUGGAUGAUUAAAACUAGACAUUUGCUUUUGUCCUUUUGUUGUUCAAUGAGUCCAAUUAAAGUCUGCGUAUAUAAAAUGUU